GUUUGUGGGUGGGAUGGAGAUGAGGGUGGGCCAUGGGCCCUGGAAAACCUCUUUGAAUAGAGUAAAAAGCUAAAAGGGGCUGCCUCAGGCAGACAGACCUUUUGGGGCCAAGCCAAGGGAGACAGCCACCAUGCUUGGCACACCCAGGAGUGCCCCCUCUGAAGUCUGAAGCCCCUACACUGGGGCAUCUUGGGGGAGAUGUGACCUCCCCUUCACACUUUAGGCCCCCACCAUUAUGCUGAACGUUGGGCUUCCCAUGGCCACUUAGGAGGGCUCUCUGGUGGGGGGCGUCCAGCCCUUCCCCACCCUCAGAUAAAACUUAACCCCCCCUCACCCUCCGAGGCCGGGCCCUCUGCUAGAUGACAAUGAACUCAUCUUAUCGGACUCCACUAAUGGGCUUACUGGCACAGAUGUGUUCUCCUAGUUAUCCUUCCCAGCUAACCAAGGUGCGUUUUAAUGGGGCUUUGAGAAACACCACCUUAACCCGGGGCGCUCGUCUUCUAUAUGAGAAGAUUAGAUGAGAUGGUCUCUAAUAUCCCUAGAAUUCUGAUAGAAUGUGACUCAUGAGUGGCAUGAAGGGGAUGAAAUUUCAGAUAUUGAGCACAGGUGGGGGAAAUAUUUGAGGGUCGGCAAGGCCUUCUGAUACCCUUGUAUCAUACUACUAAGGGCAACUGCCUACCUAUUACCUGUGUUUGCGGGGGGGGGGCCCUCCCACCAGGUUGUAUCUUGAGCUCCUUUUAGGCCGAGUAAGUCUUAGACCCAGGGGGAGAUGGAGGUAAGGAUUGGGGGGAAAAUAGAAACUCACUCAUACCUGUAAGCCUCACUUCCUGGGAGGCACCAGAGCCCAGCUCCUGCUGUUUCUGCCUAAGGCUGUCAGCCCUCUCUAGCCUGCUGCCCUCUAGCCUGUGCCCCAGCCACAUAGACGCCUUGUAUGCCCGGGCACCCGGAGAAGGAGGGGAGGGGGGAAGCCGGGGUGCACAAAUGCCUCCCGAGGUCAGAGCAAGGUCAAAGAUGCCCAAGGGCUCCAGAUUUCUCUGAGGGGGCAGGACCCACCCAGCCCCCAAAGCAAGGGUAAGAUGCAUAUAGACUACUCCGAGUGUAGGGCCGUAUAGGGCUGAGCCGGUCUGAGUGACUUCUCCGGAUUGUAACUUUAUUUCCUGUUUUUCCAGCUCUUGAAAGCAGGGUGGAGGGAGAUGUGCAGGUGGUGAGGUGACAUCCACACAUAGGGGGAAAGGAAUUACUGAGCUGUAGGCCACCUUUGCUUUCUGCUGCUUCCCAGAGAAGAAUGGGAGACAGGAGACCCCUCAGAUGAGCACGAUUCAUCUGUGUCCUCCAAGCAGCUCCAGGACAGAGCUUUUCACAAAGCCUUCAGACUUUGUUAAGCUUCUGCUGGAGGCUCCAGCAUAGUUUGGACCCGUUGGAGGAGCGCGAACAUUCAGAAAAUAGCUCUGCCCCUCUGGCUUAUCUCAGCAAAGAGCAGCGCCCAGCCCAGCUCAGAGGGCAAUGGAACAGGUCCAAGAGGACUAGAGGACCUAAGGAACCUGGGCCUUGGAUGUGCCCACGGGAAGCUGAAAGAGACCGAGGGAGGAGGAAAGUGGCCGUCCACGCUCUGGUCUCCACUGCUGAUGAAGCUGUAACCCAAAGCAUCCAACCCCUGGCAGCCAUCUGUUCCGCAGCCAUAGCCCACAUUCCCAUGCCCUGCUUGCUUUGGGGCGCUCUCUCUGUGCGGCCUCCAGGCCCCGCCCUGGAGAUGAACGCGAUGCCAGGGUCCUAGUGUGCCUCAUGAUGCCCCCAGCCUAGCUCCUCCCCACACUUCGGUACGAUGUUGCCCAACUCUACCAACAGUUCUGUUCCCCCUGCCAACGGUUCUGUUCCCCCGUGCCCCGACUACCGGCCCACCCACCGCCUGCACAUGGUGGCCUACAGCCUGGUGCUGGCCGCAGGGCUCCCCCUCAACGCGCUGGCCCUCUGGGUCUUCCUGCGCGCGCUGCGCGUGCACUCCGUCGUGAGCGUGUACAUGUGCAACCUGGCGGCCAGCGACCUGCUCUUCACUCUCUCGCUGCCCGUGCGCAUCUCCUACUACGCCCUGCACUACUGGCCCUUCUCCGACCUCCUGUGCCAGACAGCGGGCGCCAUCUUCCAGACGAACAUGUACGGCAGCUGCAUCUUCCUGACUCUCAUCAACGUGGACCGCUACGCGGCCAUCGUGCACCCGCUGCGGCUGCGCCACCUGCGGCGGCCCCGCGUGGCGCGGCUGCUCUGCCUGGGAGUGUGGGCGCUCAUCCUCGUGUUCGCCGUGCCCACCGUCCUGGUGCACAGGCCCUCGUCCUGCAGCUACGGCGGCGGCCAGGUGCGCCUGUGCUUCGAGAGCUUCGGCGACAGGCUGUGGAAGGGCGGGCUGCUGCCGCUCGUGCUGCUGGCCGAGGCGCUGGGCUUCCUGCUGCCCCUGGUGGCGGUGCUCUACUCGUCGGGCCGGGUCUUCUGGACCCUGGCGCGGCCCGACGCCACGCAGAGCCAGCGGCGGCGGAAGACCGUGCGCCUCCUGCUGGCCAACCUCGUCAUCUUCCUGCUGUGCUUCGUGCCCUACAACGCCACGCUGGCGGCGUACGGGCUGCUGCGGGGCAACCUGGUGGCGGCGAACAGCAAGGUCUGCGAUCGGGUGCGCGGGGUGCUGAUGGUGAUGGUGCUGUUGGCCGGCGCCAACUGCGUGCUAGACCCUCUGGUGUAUUACUUCAGCGCCGAGGGUUUCCGCAACACCCUGCGAGGCCUGGGCACUCCGAACCGCGCCAGGACCUUGGCCACCAACGGGGCUCAGGGGGCGCUCGCCGAACAGCCCACUGAGACCACUUGCAUCACCACCCCGGCUACCGCCGAACAGGGGCUGCUCAGGCCCUCCAACGUGGGGACACCCUUAACCCAGCUCCCCGAGGACUCGGCCCUCUGACAGCACAUCAUGCCAUCGCUCGGUCACCCCCACCUCUCACCCCCUUGCCGCUGACACGCAUUAGGGUGUGUACCCGAGGGAAGUGGAUUGGGCACUUGGGACUUCUGGAAGGCAACUCCCGCCCAGAAAUGCAGAAAAGAACAAAGUGUGGGGAGCCUGGGAAGGAGGAGCGCUGUGCUAAUGGCCUUCUUUAGUUUGGUGGUGAUGGAGAGCCUGAGGCCGACCCCUUCCCCAGUCCCUAGGAAGUGAAGCUGUGAGCUUUCCCAAUGCAGAGGCAGAUGACUGGAUGGCAUGCCCUUGGCGUGGUCAUGAAACACUCUUGAGAGCUGGGAGAUGGAGCAGAAAGUGGGUGUCCUGGAUUUACAGCCACCACAGUAGUCUUAGGACCUCAGGUGCCACCCACCCUCAUUUCCACCUGGGCUUCCCUUGCCCAGAACUUCCCUUGCCGAGUAAACUCAACGAUACGGAGUUUAAUGGAUACAGACAGAAUUGGUUUCCUUGUUGGUUAGUGACCUGUAACAAUUUGGACCUGGCACCCAAAGUGGGGUGGUUGGGGGCAGGACAAAACUGUGUGUUGGAGGGUAUUUUUUUCCCCAGAUCCAGUCCCUGUAGCCCUUUUCACCUGUCUCUGUCCACUCCACACCGCUUUUGAGACUGCCUCCACUCUAGGUCCUAAAUUCUCUCUCUCUGCCUCUGGUGCAUCAUCUAGAAUUAAGGAGAAAAUUCUUUGUACUAAAGUAGCAGUUCUUAAACUUUGUUCCCAGACCCUUUAACAACUCAAGGAUUCCAAAGGGCUUUUGCUUGCACUUUAUUCUUUUGAGACUUAACCAUAACAGAAAUUAGAACUCACGAGUGUUAACGACAGAAACACACAAGCACACUUUCCAUUAGCUGUGAGAGCAAUAAUGUCAUCACAUUUCAUGAAGCCUCUGGAAAACUCCACUGUAUACCUGUGAGAGAUGAGAAUGCAAAGAACAAAGGACAUGGUGGGAGAAGCAGGAUUCCAAAAAUAACUUUGACCUUGUGGACAUCCUUAAAGAGCCAGUAUUAGAGCUCACGUGUAACUUCUUCCCAGGGCAUAUACAUACAUUAUUUUUUUAUUACUACCAGGGACAGGGCAAUACUUAGGCAAAUCAAUUGCUAAUUGUAGUCCAGAAGGCUUGAGGGUUUGCAGGGGGUAGGUGGGAGUUGCACACCCAGUGUAACACCACCCUGGACUUCCUGGAGUGGCAGCCCUGAGGUGGGGGUGAACUAGUCACACAAACACUCUGAGGAGGGGCAGGGCUCCUCUCUCCCUGGGAAGGGAAAAAGGAACUAUUGCCACAGCCAGGAAAGAACUUUCCAGCGAAAAAAGAGUGCAAUGGGAGGACAGGAAUAGGCUGGCUGUUCUUUGCAAGCUGGAGGCAAGGGACAUGGAAGACUGGUUCAUGGGCCACCUACUGUUUUCUUCCCUCUUUACAGGAGUUGGGCUGGGAGGGGUUGCAGAGUUGGCAUCUUGAGACUCUGUGUAACUGAGGAAGUUGCUGCCAUGCGUGUGUCCUGUAUGCAUUUCUGUCUCUGUGUCUCUCAAUGAUGUAUGUUUCUGUGUGUGGGAGGGGGGAAAGAGAGACGGAGAGAGAGAGAUAGAAAGAGAUUGAGAGAGACAGAAAGACAGUGUCAGGGUUUUCCUGUGUGUGUCUCUGUGUGUUUUAGUUUGGAGCAAGCCUUUUGUGUGUCUUUAAGCGAGUGCUUCAGAUGGUGAUUUACAGGGGUAAAAUGACCCCUGGUGGCCAAAGCAGAGAAGUGACCCAGAUUCCUCAGUGAUAGCUUUCAAGUAGAGCCUUCCACCAUCAGGUGCGAAGAUACAGCCCUGGGCCAGGCCCUCUGGUUGCUCUAGAAGAGGCCUGAUGGUUAGCACCUGACCCAUCUUGCUUCCUCCUUAGGGCUCAAGACCCAUGCCCUCCCAGCCCUGGGAGCAUCAAACGUGGUUGUAUUCCAAAGUCUCAGAACUUUGCCCUACCCAACCGAACUGGAUUGAACACAGUUGUUAAAAAUUACUUGAGUAUUUUUAUAUUCUGAUAUGUGAAUGGAAUCCAAAGUACCAAAAAUUCACAUAGCAAGCAUCUUCUAACAUUCUAUAUAAUUUACUUAUUUAUUUUUAUAAUUUUUAUAAUUUCUUGUCUGUUUCCUCGCCCCCCCCCCCCCCCCAGGUAUGAUGUAAAGUCCCUGGAGGCAGGGAUUUUGGUUUGCUUGGUUCUUUGAUGUAUCUCCAGCAUCUAGAACAGCUCCUGGAACAAAAAAAGUGCUCAAUAAAUACUUGUUGAAUGAUAAACAGUUGAA